UCUGCUUCCAAAAGACAGCUUCCUCUUGGGACCAGUGACUUGAAUCAUAGCUUUCCUGUGUGUUGAGGUGAGGAACAGGACUGGCCUGUCAUGCAAAGAGAGAGGCCUAAUGUGUACUGGUCAUAAAAUGUCAUGAUUCAAAAGGCAUGACAACACUCAAGGCUCCCAUUUUCUCAUCUCUAAAAAGGGAAAUCACUUUCCAUGCUUUGUGUGACUCACAGACCUGUUCCUUUGUUUAGUCAUUCAACAAUUAUGUACGGAGCACAGACCAUGUGCCAGAUACUGUAGUAGGUGUUGGGAGAUAGUGAUGAGAAAUACAGAACUGACCUCUGCCCUCAGAGAACUUGCUGAGAAAAUAAGCGAAAUAUAGUAGCUCUGCCAACUAUAAAGCACUGCACUGGUCUCAUUUUUCUACUUUUUAACUCCCAAUAAGAUUGUAAUCCUGUUUAACUCUUGACUUAUUUUCUUAUCUCUAUAUCCUUGAGCAAGUCAUUUCGCCUCUUCAAGUGACUGUUUAAUUCAUAUCCAGUGCAAGGUCUACGAUUGGCUUUCAUAUCAACCUCUCUCCACCCACCCUUUUCACAGUGCAUCCCUAUUCCCCGCCUUUCGAAGCUGCAGCCCCUUUAAACGCGCUCCUGUGUGUGAGCUCCCCUGCAGGGCGGAGAGCGCGUUUCUUCGCGGGCUUGCACGCGAGGUUGUUUGUCCGUUUGGGGCUGCCGUCCUGCGGGUCCGCCAUAUUGUCUGCUGAAGCUGCCGCCGAAGCCGCCGCCGCCGCCGCCAAGUAGGAGCGAGCGGAGCCGCGAUGGAGACCAUGGCAAGCCCAGGGAAAGACAAUUAUCGAAUGAAGAGCUAUAAGAACAAUGCCCUAAAUCCUGAGGAAAUGAGGCGAAGAAGAGAGGAAGAGGGCAUUCAGCUUCGGAAGCAGAAGCGGGAGCAACAACUAUUUAAACGGAGAAAUGUGGAGAUGAUUAAUGAAGAAGCUGCCAUGUUUGAUAGUCUCCUCAUGGACUCCUAUGUGAGCUCUACCACUGGGGAGAGUGUGAUCACAAGAGAGAUGGUAGAGAUGCUCUUUUCUGAUGACUCUGACCUGCAGUUAGCAACCACACAGAAAUUCCGGAAACUGCUCUCUAAAGAGCCUAGCCCUCCAAUAGAUGAAGUUAUCAACACGCCAGGGGUGGUGGAUCGGUUUGUGGAGUUUCUGAAGAGGAAUGAGAAUUGUACAUUACAGUUUGAAGCUGCCUGGGCGCUAACGAACAUUGCCUCUGGAACCUCUCAGCAGACCAAAAUUGUCAUUGAAGCAGGGGCUGUUCCCAUUUUUAUAGAGCUGCUUAACUCGGACUUUGAGGAUGUACAGGAACAGGCAGUCUGGGCACUGGGAAACAUAGCUGGAGACAGCUCCGUUUGCCGGGAUUACGUCUUGAACUGUUCCAUCCUUAAUCCUUUGUUAACGCUCCUUACAAAAUCCACACGAUUGACAAUGACACGGAAUGCAGUCUGGGCCCUGUCAAACCUCUGUCGAGGGAAGAACCCACCUCCAGAGUUUGCAAUGGUCUCCCCUUGUUUGCCUGUGCUGUCUCGCCUACUCUUCAGCAGUGACUCAGAUUUGCUGGCAGAUGCUUGCUGGGCCCUUUCUUAUUUGUCUGAUGGCCCCAAUGAGAAGAUCCAGGCAGUCAUAGACUCUGGAGUCUGCAGGAGAUUGGUAGAGCUUCUAAUGCAUAAUGAUUACAAAGUGGCUUCUCCUGCCCUGAGAGCUGUGGGUAACAUCGUCACUGGGGAUGACAUCCAAACCCAGGUCAUUCUCAACUGUUCAGCACUCCCUUGCCUCCUCCACUUGCUGAGCAGCCCCAAGGAGUCAAUUCGGAAAGAAGCUUGCUGGACUAUUUCAAAUAUCACUGCUGGCAACAGGGCUCAAAUACAGGCUGUCAUAGAUACAAACAUCUUCCCUGUGCUCAUCGAAAUUCUUCAGAAAGCAGAGUUCCGUACACGGAAAGAGGCAGCCUGGGCUAUCACCAAUGCCACAUCUGGAGGAACCCCUGAGCAAAUCAGGUACCUGGUAUCACUGGGUUGCAUCAAACCCCUUUGUGACUUGCUGACUGUAAUGGAUUCAAAGAUUGUUCAAGUGGCCCUCAAUGGACUGGAGAAUAUCCUUCGGCUUGGAGAGCAAGAGAGCAAGCGCAGUGGCUCAGGAGUAAAUCCCUACUGUGGCCUCAUCGAAGAAGCCUAUGGCUUGGAUAAGAUUGAGUUUCUCCAAAGCCACGAGAACCAGGACAUCUACCAGAAGGCCUUCGACCUCAUUGAGCACUACUUCGGUGUAGAAGAUGAUGACAGCAGCCUGGCUCCCCAAGUGGAUGAAACGCAACAGCAGUUCAUCUUCCAGCAGCCUGAGGCCCCCAUGGAGGGCUUCCAGCUAUAAUGUCUGCCUCCGGGGAGGGGACGGGAUGGGAAGCACCACCAACCAGCGGAAAAGCAGCCCUCUGGUGGACGGGAAACUAGCCCCCACCACCAGCCACCACACACCUCUGCUGCCCUGGAAACUGUGCUCUUGACCUGCUCCACCCCUUCCCUUUGAGGGAGGACCCUCUGGACAGACAGAACCAUCUGAGGCUCAUAUUUGGGUUUUGUGACAAGAAGGGGACGUGUUGGGUUUUUCUUCCUUACACUCUAUUUUGGCUGCACAUAUGUCUUUAACCCAGAAGCCCAGGGUAGACAAAGGAGGACUGAGGUAUUCAAUUUUGCACCUUUUUUAUGUUUAUUUUUUUCUUUAGUAGUGACUUCCUUCCCUUUUAUCUUCCUUCAUUCUUCCCAGUUCUCUGCCCUGAUUUGUGUAACUCUUAUCUUGGGUACUUGAGCAGAUGGAAAAUUCCAGAAGUCGGGGGUUGGAGGGGAGGAGAGAAAUCCAAAAAAAAAGUAUUCUUGCUCUGACAGAAUAUUAAUCUUGUAUGCUUGGAUUGAGUUAUUUAAUUUUUUUCUUUUGCACAUUUUUCUUGUAUUAAGGUUGCUCUUUCCAAGAACCAUGAGUUCCUGGUUUUAGGAAUCCCAGCUGCCAGCAUUGUCUGGGACUAGAGGCUGAGGGGGUGGUCACCUGUAGACAAGGCCCUUCCCCCCUCUCUCUAAUCUCUGCCCAGACCUCUUUAGUUUGGGAGAUCCCCCUCACUGUCCUGGGUAGCUACCCCCGUGGGAGUGGAGGGGAGGAGCACAGGCCUUUCAGACGGGGCUUCCCAUGUGUCGCUACUGAUCCCAUGUUUCCUACCCACCUUCCAAUGGUGCGACCCAACUUCAUUUGUUUACUUGAAAAUUCCCCUCGGAGUUGAAUGAACCUCUGAGGUAGCUGUAUUUUCUCCUAAGCGCGAGACAGGGGACUGUGAUCCUUCCUUUCUCCUGAGGAGAAAGUCCUUGUUCUGGUGACCCAUAAGUUGCAGAGGAGGUUGGAGUGAGAGUGUCAUGUAUUGGGAUAGUCAGGAAUCCCUACCUUUGGCCUUUCUUCCUCUUCCAUAGUUGGAUCAUGUAUAUUUUAUUUCCAAAGGAGAGAAUGUCAAAAAGUUCUGUAUUUUUUUAUAUUCUAUAUAUUAGGUAGGUCAAUCUUAAUUGGUCUUGAGAGGAAGAACUGUUAAUUUCUGUUAGUAGGUUACUGUGAGGAAGACCAAAAAGAAAUGUGGAAGCUUCCUCACUCAGAAGGCCUGAGCUCGGUCCUUUUCUUCUCUGCUUGGAUUCUGGGCCACCACCAGGGACCAACCCUUAGCUCUGGAACCUUUAUGUAGCAUGUCAGCUUGGUCUGAUUGUCCCAGUACCUGAAGGAAGCAAGGAUGAGCCCACAGUGUGGUGAAGUAUAACACUCUAAUCUUUACUAGGAGCAUCCUGCUUACAUCAGAAAACCCAGAAAGCAUCCGCCUUCUUAGAUUUGGUCUCAAAAGACCCUUGUUCACAUAAGUUGUCACUCAUGGCUGACUCUCCAGUUAUCACUAACUUAGCAGCCUCGGGACUUUUGUGAGAGUUAUCGAUACCUUCCCUGUUUGGGAUCCUUGUACCUGGUUUGGGUUUUGCCCUUCCUUGUGAUAAUUAUAACCCUAGUGUCCUUUUUUCUUUUCUUUUUCUUUUUUUUUUUUCUUUAAUCAAACACUUAAUUGAGGUAAGGCCAAACGAAUCAUGAGGUUGAGGUAGAUUGGUUUCUAGGUUGCUCCUGAUUGCUUCUGCUCACAAGUGUGUCUCUGCCUGCUGAUAACUUGUUCAGUCGUUCUACUAAUAAAGCAAACUGGUCUACGGGAUUUGCUACGACUUUCUUCCAUGAGUUAAGGACCCUAUUGACUUCAUCAGGAGUGACUCCGUAUAUCGCCUGUAGACUUGGGUAAUGGAGCUGUUGUAGAUCCACUCUUCUUAAACGGUGGCUCAGCUAAAGCAUCCUCAACUUCUUGGUCUGUCAGUGCGUUAGGCUCCUUGGUGGAAUGGUAGUCUUUCAAUGUGCCAUCCAGCUUUCUUUUUCUCACAGUAGCUGCCUUGAAUAAGUCAGGAUAACUAGCUGUUGAUACCUUGUUAUGUCCUGGUAAUUUGGGUACUUUAAGAUAUGGAAACUUGUCAACGGAUUAUCGCUCUUGAAGCUCCUUUUCUGCCGCCAGGAAUUUGGCUGCAUCUCCAGAUAUUGGUUUAAGCAAUAUAAUCUCCGACAACCCCUCAUUGAUCAAAGCCUUCAUUGUGACAUAUGGUGUCAUUUCAGCGAAGGAUGCAAAUAGCUUGAGUUGAGCCACGAACGCUUGGGCAGUGGGACCUGGAAGAUCUUUGUCCUCGAUGGGUAAUAGGAUGCUGAGUAUCUUGGCAUCGAGAAACCUGCACUCACCCAGAUGGCAGCUUCCCGGAGAUCUAGGUCAAUUGUUGGUGGCUGAACUCCUGGGAACUGUGUUGCAAGGAGCGCAUUGAAUCUUUUGUUGAUCUGAGAGUUUGGAUUUUGCUGUGGUCUUCGAACUGUAUAAUAGAGUAAUGCUAAUGCAGUCUUCACAAUAGCCUUUGUCAUCGCGACCUUGACUUCUCCAUCCUCAGGCCCCCACUUGACGAUUUCUCCCUUUGCACUCUUCUUCCCGCGGUCUUCGUGGAUAUAUUUCUUUGUUGGCUCUCAUCUAUAUUAUAGAGCAACGGAAAUGUAGAGAGCAAGCACGUGGUAGCAAUGGAUUUGCUUCCGCCCAUUGUUACUUGCUUCAUUUUUGACACUUGACACAUUCCCGAGACCUGUUGCUGCUGCAAUCAGAACAAUGUCACGAGAAGGCAACUAAACAUCUGUCUGCUCACUAGUACCAUCUCCGCGGGUGAAUACAUUGUGUCCUCUUUUUUUCUUUUCUCCUUGAAUAAAGCUAGUGCAGUGCCA